GGCUGACGAAGGCCUACUGGUUCUUGGAGAAGGCAGGACUUUCAGCAGAUCUUCGCAAACAAGUGGUUUCAGCAGCCGGCGGUGAUUAUGAUUACAUAAAGCUUCGCAGGGCACUGGUGGCGACCGUCCCGAAGGUGAAGCGCGAGGAGGGGACAACCACGACACCCAGGCCUUCGUUCAGACAGUGGAAGACUAAGAAUGGGGGCCCCAAGCAAGUGCACGCUACCACCGAGGAGGACGACGAUACUGGACCCCAAGACGAAGAUCACGCCGAGGAGGCUGAUCCAGAAGAGCUGGAGAGUGAACUGGAGGUUUUGUUGACUCAAGCAGCUCGCAAGCGUGCAGAGGUCGAGAAAGCCAGAGGAUUCGCCAAGGGCGAAAGCAGCCAGGCCAGGGAAUCUCGGAUAAGAGAAAUGAAGUCGAGAAUGCCGUGCAGCGCUUGUAAAGCGCACGGUAAAACUGUGUUUGGCCAGUGGCACAGUGAUGCAGAGUGCCCUUACAACAGUAAGAAGGGCGGUCAGGAGCGCAGCAAAGUGCUCGCAGUCGUCAGCGAAGAAUUGAGUGACAGCGAGGAUGAUGAGUUGGUGCUCCCCGCAAGUGUCUACUUGGCUACAUCCGAGGGCCCAGACAUCCAGGACGAGGAGCAGGCACCGAGUCAAGAAGUGUGGGCGAGCGCAGUAGCACAUUCCAUGACUGAGCCCGACAAGGAUACACUCGCUUUGAGCGACACAUGUUGUGCUAGGGCUGCUAGGACAGUAGCCGGGAAGCGAUGGAUCGAGCGGCACAUCCGCCUUCUACGAGGGCGGGGCGAGGACAUCUUCAUUGUCAACGAGGCUCGUCCUUUCCGGUUUGGAGGUGGCCCCCGGAUCUUGUCAGAAUACGCUGCUCUCAUACCAGUUCAGCUCGACGGUGCGAAAAGAUCGGCUACUUUGCGGAUAAGUGUUGUUGACCAGGAGAUACCCCUUCUCUUGAGCAAAGCGGUGCUGAAGCAGCUGGGGAUGGUCAUGGACUUGGACAAGGGUGUGAUUGAUUUCAGGGAGAUGCAAACCCAAGUUCCGCUCAGGGAGACCAGAGCGGGCCUUUGUGGGUUCCAGAUCAACACAAAGCCCUCGAGAACCAGGCUGGAAUGCCCACCCGAUGAGUUCCAAGAUGGAGAGAGAGAUAUCUCACAUUUGGGAUGGUGUUGCCGAUCCGCAGAUCCAAGCGCCACCGAUGCAUCAAUGACGGUGCAGGACACCCGGACGAUUUCGAUGACUUUCGGCUCCUUUACUGGAGGCCAGCUCUGGAUGGCCAACGAGAGUGAGGAGUUUGUGGUGGCGAGUGCAAGCCGGUGCCGAGUGAGUGCAGCAGAUCUCCGAGCUCACACGUUGGACCGGCUCAAAGAGCUGUGGAUGGCGGUGCGUCCCCCACGCAAGAGCGCCAUCCUUCCGCCGAAUUGGAAGAAGAUGGAUGUCCAAGGGCUGCGGGAGUUGUACUCGAAUCAAGUGGUGGAAGAUUUGGGUCGCGAUCAGGACCAUCACUGGGCGAGGUGGUCCCGCAGCCAGCUCAUCAUGGAGAUCGAGAUGUGGGCGGUGGGUGCAGCGGAGGCCGCACAGAUGGACCGCGAUCUGGAAAUGUGUCACAUCCCAAUGCUUCAACGAGUCAAUCGGCUCAGAAGGUUCCCAGCUUGCAAGAGCACACUCCCGUACAACUACGACGGGAAGCCGGUGAAAAUAGUACAGGACGAGCUGGAGAUGAACAAGAAAGCCGAGGCCAUGGUCAAGGAGAAAGCCUUCCUUCCCCGAGCCCAACCGAAGCAGAAGAAGUCCAUGGACAGGAAGGUGAAUGCCAACUUGACCGUCGAGGAAUCCGUCAUGAUUCAGCACAUGCGCAUGCAGAAGCAGGCCCAGGCCAAGAAAGUGGGCAAGGAGGGCAACCUCCCUGUCAAGGUCGACGACGAGCCGUUCGAGCUAGGAUCCGUGAGGGUAAUGCUCGUAGGGCUCAUUGAAGAAGGGAGUGGCAAAGAGGCUGCUUGGGAAUGCUCGGGCACUUGGUGGUGCAAGUGGGCUGGUCCUCCGAUGCGUGUUGCUACCGAUCUUGAGGGAGGAUUCGUGGGACGCGAGUUCUGGACUAAGGCGAGAAAGAUCGAGAGACAUAACCAGACGAUUAAAGAUAUGCUCUUUGCCACUAUUCGUCAGGCAAGUCCUGCCGGGAGAGAUGAAAUGCGCAAGCUCUCGAGGGAGGUGGCUUGGGCCAAGAAUUCCUUGGUCAGAGAGCAUGGUUGGGCCCCAGUGGCCCUCGUUUUCGGCAGGGAACCUCGAGUGUUCGGAGAGAUGUACCAUGCAGGAAAUCCGACUGCCUAUCAUCCGUCAGUAGGAGAUGCCGAUAGCGAUGUGGCCGUUCGCAUGAGGUUCCGGUAUCAUGCCAAGAUGGAGUUUGUUCGCAGCCAGGCUCGACAGAUGUUGCUCAGGACCGCGCAUAACCGGACCCGGAAGCUUCCUAUCCCGAAAAUAGGUCAGCUAGUGUUUUUCUGGAGGGCUGGAAAGGAGAAGAAUGGUGACAGCCAAAGUAGGUGGCUCGGGCCAGGUUACGUGGUUGGGUUGCAGGAUCGGAAUGCUUGGGUUGCCAUAGGUGGGCGGUGUUUUCUAGUGGCGGGAGAACAUCUGAGAGAAGCCGUUGGCGACGAAAAGCAUUUCGGCAACCCUGAGAUUCAGAAAGCCAUAGCUCUGUUUAAGAAGGUUCCUAGGGAGGCGACAUACGAGAAUCUUGUUGGACAGGAAGACGCUGGAGGUGAGCCUCUAGAUGUGGAAACCCAGCCUCUGAAUCGUGACGUGGCCGAUGAACUCAUGAUGGACGAAAGUGACUUGGACACCGAAGGGUUGAGCAGAGAGCAUGCAGACAUGUGUCAACAGAUUGGUUGGCAUGUGGACGGUUCGGGAAAUCCGGUUCUGGUGUCCCAUCGUGCAUGGGCCUUCGGACGCCAGAGCCUCGGUAUCCAAGAUCAGCAUCAGUUCAUUCCACAUGGACCAGUCGCAGGCCUCAUCACGAUCUUCCAGAAUAGGACCAUUGAGGAAGCCGCUCGAGUUCAUGCCACUCAACAGCCAACCGAGAGCAAGACUAAACGCAAGCGAAUGUUGGAGAAGGAGAUUCCUUAUCAUAGCAUCCCUCCCCAAGACAAGCAGCUGUACGAGGAGGCCGAACAAAAGGAAUGGCAAUCAUGGUUGGAUUACAAUAUUUGUGAAAUCUUGAGUCCGGAAGAAAGCCAAGCCAUUGAACAGCAACGGCCUGAUCGUAUCCUGCCCAGCCGAUAUGUCUUUCGGAACAAGAACGCAGGUUUGCUUGACGCGGACGGUAAGGAACUUCCCGUUAAAGCCAGACUUUGCUUGCAAGGCCAUUUGUGCCCUGACAGCCGGACGGGUCAAGUGCAGGUGGACUCGCCAACAGUGGAGCGAGUAUCCACCAUGGUGUUCCUACACCUCGUGACCAGCUUGGGGUGGACUAAGGAUUGGUUUAUUGGAGAUAUCUCCAACGCCUUUCUACAAGGCGCUCCGUUGACGGAUAAGCCAGAUAUGUUCAUGCGACAGCCCAAGCAGGUGAAGGUUGUUGUCAAGGAAAAUGAAACAUGUGUGACGCUUGCUCAGAAUGCAUUCAUUGAUGCACGUCUUCAGCCGAUGAAGAUAGAGCCAGCCAGAAUGAAGCAGCUGGACGCUAGGGCCAAUCAGGCUGAGACUACGGAUUAUCGUUCGAUAGUGGGAAGUCUUCAGUGGCUGGCUGUCCAGUCGCGUCCUGACAUUGCUUUUGAAUGCAACCAGUUGCAGAAGCGAGUGUCGGAUCUUCGCAUCAUGGAUCUUGUGAGGGCUAACAAGGCGGUGCGAGAAGUGGUGAGAAAUCGUACCGAAAUAUUGUUCAAGCCCCUUGGCUACGAUGCUGAGCUCGUCACGUAUCAUGAUGCCGGUUUGUAUAGCAGUGUCGGGGCUGAGCUUGACGAGCAGCAAUGCGACGACAUACUCCAGAGUAGUCUUGACAAGAAGCUUGUGUACUCUCAGAAGGGGGCUGUGGUUGCCUUUGUCAAAAAGGGGGAUGUCGAGAAACAAGGUCGCGUCCAUAUCAACGUCAUUGAUUGGAGGAGCGCCACGAAUCGUCGCAUCGUGGAGUCCUCGUUCGCCGCGGAAACUCAUGCCGCCAUCAUGGGACAUAAUAUGUCGAGAUUCGCUCAGGUGUUGAUGUGUGAGAUAAAGUUCGGGGCGAAAAUUAUGUCCUCAGUUGAGGACGAUGGUUGGCAACAGCUGGUUCCACUUACUCUGGUCACUGAUUGCAAGAGUAUUUAUGACACGAUACACAAAGACGGCCAACACGUUGGAGAGAAGGGGAAUAUCGUUCAUGCAAUACUCCUCCGGCAACUUUUGACUACGAGGAACCAGUCAGAGCAUCCCG